AUGGCAAAGAAGAGACAGCCCUCAUCAGCCCCCAAAAAAGCUUCCUGGAGUAUAGAGUCCGAAUGUGCAUUGUUUGGAUUGCUUGACUUUUGUGUAAAACACGCGCAUGUUUUUCCAUUCAAUGAAGAGAACGUCGCAGGCCGCUUGUGCUCUACGAGUGAUUCGAAUGAAAGCUAUACCUGGGAUCAAAUUACCCGAAAGCUUGAAUACAUUUGGCGAGAGUUUGGCAAGAUCGAUUCCCUAAGCAAGGCGGACAUAUAUGUACAUGGCUCUGCAUGCUUUAACUAUUUCACAGAAGAUGAGCAGAGGGUUGUGGAUUUGAACGUUGAGCAGUGGGAAAAAACAUUGAAACCAAUUAGCGUUAUAGAGAAGACUUUGGUAGACACUAUCAACAGGAACGAAUCUCGCGCCACUCUUCUAUCUAAUGAGCGCCGAAGCCACACUUCUGAUUAUAGCAUAAGUGAGAGUGGUCACCAUACGCCUAGAGCGCAGAGGCAUCAAACACGCGAGAUUUCGAAAAGAUUGAAGCGAGAAUGGAAUGCUCCCAGAAGUCAAUCCGAAGAAGAGGGCCCCAGAAAAAGAUCCCGAAACAGUGAGAAAAACCUACUACACAACGAACAGGGGCAUAGUAUGCAUAAUGAGGAGGGAAAACGAGUAAUUCAGGACCGGAAAGAUAAAACUGAGCGCGUGCCAAAAGAAGUAUUAGAAUUAGUUGGUGACGAACUCAGUCCAUCUACUGAAAACGAGAAGGGUAGCAGUGGCCUAGCUUUACCUUCACCAGAGGAUAGCGAGCUCCAUGAACUCACGCCUUUUGGGCUAAGAAAGAAAUCUCAUCAGUCACAGGAAGACUUAGUUUCUUCUCCAGCCACACACGAGCGGACUCAUAGAGCCACUUUGCGAAAGAAGGACGAAAAGAUAUUGGAGCUCCAGGAGGAAGUCAACGCCAAGGAAGACAAGCUCAAUGUACUUCAGACUAAACUAGACUCCUAUAGAUUGGUUGAAGAAAGACAUCAGGAGGGGAAUGAUUCCAUCCGACUUCUUGUCUCCAAUCUACAUCAAGAAAUUGAACAUUUAAAAGCAGCGAAAGAUAGCUGUCGAAGAAUCGGAACAUUCACCAAAUUAGCGGGAAGACACACCCAAUCUCGAGAAGAGAUGCAGAUUGAAAGGAAGAUUCCAAUCAUGAGACGUCUUACGAAGAACAUACUUGGUGGUUGCGACGAUGACGCCACGCUCAAAAUACCUGAUUCUAAUGUCUCAGCUGGCUUGAGUGCGCUAUUUUCGUUUGGGUUCGGGUUGGCUGACCAGACGUGUAUAAGUAAAGAACAAGUCAUAGCCUUGAUAUCAAACCGUCCGCCAUACUCUGUCAUUGAAACUUUGGUAGAAGCCGCUGUCUGUACUUGGGUCUUCGAAUCCAGCUUUCCGAAUUUUGAUCAGAAUCCCAAGAGUCUGAGCUUACUCACGACAUACAGGAAUAUCAUCGCAACUCAAGAUGGUGCUAUAGCUUUAAAGAAUCUUGAACUAGCAUCCCACUAUGAAUUGAUAAACCACCCACGAUUUCAUAUAUUGAUGAUCAAAGAAGCCGAAGACCUAGCGGAUUCACUCUCGCAAACAAUAGCCCCAUUAUUUCCCAAGAACCCUGAAGAGUCCGAGGAAAAUGUUUUCGAGACCUGGGGGGAGGAGAAAAGUGUCUGGAAAGCACGGCGUCAACAACUUAUCGCUUUAUUCAGACAUGCGCUGGAGAUAAAAGCACACGCGGUACUUACUCCUGAGCGGUAUGAGCUGGUAAACUAUGUACCUGGCACUAUGUUCAAUCCACAAACCAUGGAUGUCGAAAUGAUCGAGACGCCUACCAAAAGCCCGAGUAAAGAAGGCCAUAUUGUCGAACACUGUUUGCAUGUUGCAAUUCAAGCAUUUACUGAAGAGGCGGUAAAGGAUACAGAUCCGGUCUCGCAGGCAACUAUCCAGUAUAAAAAGUUCACACGUAAACUUACCGCGGAACCUUUGAAGAAGAUAGGCUUAGAACCAGUGAUACUUGCCAAAGCAAUAGUUGUUCUGAAAAACUGA